GGUAGAGAGAGUGAAGAGGAAGAGGAGGAGGUGCUGUCCCACAAUACCAGGCGGGAGGGCGGUAGGCGGUUUGUAUCCGGGCUGUGAGGUGCUCCGCGCCUCCGCGGACCUUGCUGCCUCUGUCUCUUUAACGCGAGAGGAAGCGAUGCGGAGGGGUGGAAAAUGGCAGAGCUGCAGAUGUUACUAGAGGAGGAGAUCCCGUCUGGCAAGAGGGCGCUGAUAGAGAGUUACCAGAAUCUGACCCGGGUGGCGGACUACUGUGAAAACAACUACAUACAGGCUGCCGACAAGAGAAAAGCUUUAGAAGAGACCAAAGCCUACACAACCCAAUCCCUAGCUAGUGUUGCUUAUCAGAUAAAUGCAUUGGCUAACAAUGUCCUCCAAUUGCUGGAUAUCCAAGCCUCUCAGCUUCGGAGAAUGGAGUCUUCCAUCAAUCAUAUCUCACAGACUGUGGACAUUCAUAAAGAGAAAGUGGCUCGGAGAGAGAUUGGUAUUUUGACAACAAAUAAGAAUACAUCAAGAACUCACAAAAUAAUAGCACCUGCAAAUAUGGAGCGUCCUGUAAGGUAUAUUCGGAAACCUAUUGACUAUACAGUUCUGGAUGAUGUGGGCCAUGGUGUCAAGUGGCUAAAAGCCAAGCAUGGAAAUAACCAGCCUGCAAGAACUGGCACACUGUCGAGAACAAAUCCUCCUACUCAGAAACCCCCAAGCCCUCCCAUGUCAGGCCGGGGAACAUUGGGACGAAAUACUCCUUACAAAACCCUGGAACCUGUUAAACCCCCAACAGUUCCUAAUGACUACAUGACAAGUCCUGCUAGGCUCGGAAGUCAGCAUAGUCCAGGCAGGACAGCUUCUUUAAACCAGAGACCAAGGACACACAGUGGAAGCAGUGGAGGGAGUGGAAGUCGAGAAAACAGUGGAAGCAGCAGUAUUGGCAUUCCCAUCGCCGUGCCUACACCUUCCCCGCCCACUGUUGGACCAGAAAACAUUUCUGUCCCUCCUCCUCCUGGAGCUCCACCAGCACCACCUCCUCCACCACUUCUCCCAGGGAACACUGUGAUAGCCCCGGGCUCAGCUCCUGGUUCCCAGUAUGGCACAAUGACCAGGCAGAUUUCUCGACACAACUCUACCACUUCCUCGACAUCUUCUGGUGGAUACAGACGAACUCCCUCUGUGACUGCUCCAUUUUCUGCUCAGCCUCAUGUUAAUGGAGGUCCACUUUAUUCUCAGAAUUCAAUAUCUAUUGCUCCACCCCCUCCCCCUAUGCCUCAGUUGACUCCACAGAUACCUCUCACAGGCUUCGUGGCCAGGGUGCAGGAAAACAUUGCUGAUAGUCCAACUCCCCCGCCACCGCCUCCCCCAGAUGACAUUCCCAUGUUUGAUGACUCUCCACCUCCGCCACCACCACCUCCAGUGGAUUAUGAAGAUGAAGAGGCUGCAGUAGUUCAGUACAGUGAUCCGUAUGCAGAUGGGGAUCCUGCUUGGGCCCCCAAGAAUUACAUUGAGAAAGUUGUGGCAAUAUAUGAUUAUACAAAAGACAAGGAUGAUGAGCUGUCGUUUAUGGAGGGUGCAAUCAUUUACGUAAUAAAGAAGAAUGACGAUGGCUGGUAUGAAGGAGUCUGCAAUCGAGUGACUGGUCUGUUCCCUGGGAACUAUGUUGAAUCAAUCAUGCACUAUACUGAUUAAAUUUUUUGCUUUUAAAGUAGGUGGUUCUUAUUACUCAGUCAUACUGUGGGACUAUUAUGGUUAACAGAAUUGUCUUAAAAUGUUUUAAAAUGUGCCCAUACUUUCAGGACAUGCUGUUUUAUUGAUAUAACUGAAUGUCUACCUGUAAGCAUACAUCUUUGAGGCAGUUUGUGUAUUGCUAAACAGCAAUUUCUACAAGAGGCUGUCUGUAACUGAUUAUGCUUAUGUACUUACUUACACAGUUAACUUUAUGACCAGCUUAAGUAUUCUGGGGGUGUGGGGUAUAAUAUUUAACAAAUCAUGAUUCAGAUUGUACCAUUACAUGUUCAGUGCAGCAUGGUUACUAACGCUAUGUCAGACUAAUAUUAAAAUCAGAAAAUUUCAAUCCUGGUGCUGGUCAUACUUUUUGUUUAGACUUUCUCAUUCUUGAAAUAUGCUAUUUGUUUAAAGCAUGCAUACAAAUUUAUGUAUUGAAAUAUACUUAAAAAAAUCCAAGAUGCUUCCAAUUUGUGUAAUAUUUACUUGGGGUACUCGUACUUAGGUCUCUUGAAAUGAAUUGAGUCUCUAAGGUCUCCAUGUGAAACAAAACAAAGGGUUAUCUGUAAUGUUGUAAUUUGUACCUAAGUUUUUUAAUGAGUGAAUUUGCAUUAUAAAUUUUUUCCAUUCAUAAAUACAUAAGUGAACCAAAGGUUUUUGUCCUUUACUUCACUGGUUUGCUUUUAAAAUAAAUAAAUAAAUGAAUAAAUAAAUAAAUGAAUAAAUAAAGAUACUGAUUUAUUGCAGAA